AUGAACAAUUCAAUUUCAGGUGAAUGUUGUGCGAAAUGUGUAACGGAUCCUUACAAUGCGAUCUCGAAACACGAACACACCGUGUGUCAAAGUGCUGGUCGUUUGUUUGUGGAUGGUGAAACAUGGCAGCUGGCACCAUGCAUCUCAUGCACGUGUCGUGUUGGUAAUGUGCUCUGUAGGGUNNNNGAAUGUCCACCAAUCGCAUGUCCAAAUCCCAUACCCGACCCGAGUAAUAAAUGUUGUCCCAAAUGUCCGGAUGAGACAAAUUCAACGUCAUUGUUGGCGCUGUCGCACGAACGAGGAACCACACUGAUCUGCACCGAUGAGAACGAUAUGGCGCAUGUUGAAGGGUCAAGUUGGAGAAUUGAUGAAUGUACAUCGUGCAGAUGCGUCGCAAGCGAAGAGGAGUCAACUGAUACGAAAAUUGAAUGCUUCCGAGAGAAAUGCGCUGGAUUAGAGAACUGUUUGGGUAUGCCGCUCACUAUUAAAGGACGCUGUUGUCCAGUUUGCUCAGGUUUAACUUUCACUCAUCUUUAUGCCUGUGAAAACUAUAGAUUUUUUACCAACUCCUUUGUAUGUUUUUAA